AUGGAGUGCAACAAGUAUUCCCAAGGCAACAUUUAUAUGCAGCAUAGCCAGGAUGUCUGGGGUAGCAUUGGAAACAGCCACAUAAAGGGCCUAAACAAUCAAGUAGGUAUGCUUUUAAAGUGGCAGUGGACUAAAGAUGAGCACAGGGUUGUAUACACCAUGCUUAGAAAGGAUGUCUCGGAGAGUGUUGAAUGA